CGGAAACUGAGGACAAGUGUGUUUAGUUCCUGCAGCAACGUCGUUAGCGGGAAGUUCCUUCAGGGGCGCUAGGUGUACCGAUAAAGUCUGCCCGGUUCCAUGGCUGUCCCAGGGGUAAACAAGGAUAACAUCAGAGCGGGAUGCAAGAAGUGUGGAUAUCCUGGCCAUCUGACAUUUGAAUGCAGAAAUUUCCUGAGAGUGGACCCUCAGAGGGACAUUGUGCUGGAUGUUAGUAGCACCAGCAGUGAGGACAGCGAAGACGAAGUUGAAAUUGGAAGCAAAGCUCCAGUUUCUUCAGACAAGAAAAAUGCUGUAGAAGUUGGUAAGAAAAAGCUCAAGAAAAAAAAGGAGAAAACAAAAUCCAAGAAGCCAAGGAAAAGAUCGCACUCAAGUGAGUCAAGUGAGGAUGGUCCAAAAUCAAAGAAGAGGAAAAGUCAUAAAAAAUUAAAAAGCAAAUCAAAGAAAACAAAACACCAAAAGAAAAGCAAAAAGAAGGAAAAGCGAGAGCGUCACUCUUCCUCUUCCAGCAUUUCGGAGUCCUCCAGCAGUGACUAGUCUGACUCCACUCAUCAUCUACAACACAUCCCUGUGAUUUCCAUCGAUUUACAAAACUAUAUAUUAUGUAUGAAGCCUAGACUGAGGAUCGGGUUGCGUACAUCAAAAUGUAAAGACUCUGGAAUGAUUAUUCAGUAUCUCAGCAAAGUUAUUGGUCAUGCUAUAUUUUUUAAUGUUUUUGAGAAAAUAAAUCAGUUUAAUGUAUUA